AUGCAGAACACCUGCCCCAAAUAUCCAUCUCCCCAUAUCCCUAAUUGGAAGAAGCAACCAAUUGCCCAGACUACAUCCGCCCCGAACAUUGCAAUUCAAUUCAACCGGGUGCAGGUUGGAAGAUGGUUUCCACCUGGAAUCAGACGUCACGCAGUCAAAGCCUCAGCUCCGACUUUGGCCCUCUUUGCGGCGGCAGCGGGGAAUAAAAGGAACCGAGCUGCUUUUCAACCCCAGGUACUCAUUGAACAUGGAUGCUACACCAUGGCAUUCAAUGGCAUCCGAGAUCUUGAGUCCGAGAAACAACUCUGGUCAGGGCAUUGUCGCGUCUCCAGGGCAUGGUUGGGUGUUAAUGUGACGACUGAUAAAGUCCUGCAUUUCGAUCUCAUCUUGAUGGAUGCCAAGGGGAAUGAUAUAUGGGUGCAUAUCCCACCAGUGCUGCAAGAACACUUCAAACGAUUGCUGAAGGAACAGCAGGUCUACACCAUUAAAAACUUUGAGCUUCACACGACCCAACUGAAAUAUCGCCCCAUUGCCAAUACAUAUAUCAUGUCGUUCUCCUGGAAGACUACUGUUGAGCAUGUUCCCGAUGUCCCUUCCAUUCCUGCCUUCAAAUUCAAAUUCCUCAAAGCAAGUGAGAUGGCAUCUAAAUUGAAUGAUGUGGUCGUACUCUCAGAUGUUGUUGGGCAAGUAGUACAGCACUCGGAUGCCAUCAAGACAACGAAUCUUGCUAGGAAAACCAUUCGGAAGGAGCUUCAACUGAAACUAAUUGAAGGGGAUGUUGUCAAAGUUAUUAUCUGGGGAAGAGUUGUAGCUGACUUUGAUAAGUUGAUCAAGCCUGGUGAUGAUGAACAAGUCAUACUGGUUGUGACUGCGGUUUCUGUCAAACCCUUCCUAGGUGAACUUUGCUUUAAUUCUUCGGGUUCAACAGUGUUGUAUCCCAACCUUGAUAUCCCAGAAGUAAAGGCUUUCACAACCAGGAAUGUGCAACCACAGCAGCCCGUGUUUGUUGAAUUACCCCCACCCCCCUUCAUCCCUAAUAUUACUCUAUCGGAAUUGCUGGAACUUCAAUUGGACCCUGAUAAUGAGGAAUGUGUGUAUGCUGUUGAAUGCAAAGUCGUAGGAAUCAAGCCAUUUUGGUGUUAUAUGGGCUGUCCAACCUGUGUCCUUAAACCCAUAGAAAGACAUGGAGAAUACUACUGUGUCAAAUGCAACAAGCCAACACCAACAAGGGCUGCCAAAUAUCGUAUACAGCUUGAUGUUGAAAGCAGUUCUGUGCCAGCUACCUUUAUCAUCUUUGAGUAUGAAGCAAAACGCUUCUUUGGUGUCAGUGGUAAUGAUCUUUUCAAUAGGACGGGUCAGAACAAUGAGGUACCCCCUCCAGAUCUACUCCAAAUAGUUGGUGAGACCAAACUAUUCCAUGUCAAGUUCAAGCUAAAUCUCUACAGUGAUUCACAAGCUGAUUUCACCGUCUUAAAAGUCUUGGAACCCACAGAACAGCGUGCCGUAUCAGUGAUGGCUCUCCGCAAUUUAGCCCAAUUGAACCUCCAUGACAAUGACCAGGCUGUUCGCGUCAGGCUCCUGCGUUUAUGGCAUACAAUGAGGCCUGAUGGUGUAACGCUUGACCAAAUCCACAUGUUGUUUCUCGACAACCAGUUGUUUGCUCCUCUUCUUCACGUGGGAAGGAUCUAUUUCUUGAGCAACUUUUUGGUCGAAGAAUAUGAUGAUACGUAUAGAGUUGCUCCUGCAACUAUCCGAAUCCGCUUUCAUAAUGAUACGGUGAUUGAGGAACUCCAGAAUGCAGCCGACAUACCAACAUAUAGCUUUCGGUUUUUGGCUGCUAAUGAUCUUCCCUUUGCUGUCCAUAAUCAUGAAUAUUUGUCUGAUUUAAUUGGGGAGGUUGAAACUGUUGAACAAGAAGAGGUCCUAUUCGAAGAUGCUGCUAUUUUACGGCGAAAGGGGGUGCAGCUUAGAUUGAUUGAUAUAGAAAAUGUCCCGCUGGCCAUUGACUACACGUUGGAGGAUGCUAUAUGGUUAAGUGAGAUAUGUUCCAUUUCGGAACUGAAUCUAUAUAAGACUGAUUUCACCAACCAGGGGAAUUUGUACCUUACUACUGCAACAGUCAAGGAUGUUACUGUUUCUUGGUCAAGUGUGCAUCUCAAGUUUAUGGUGAGGCUGACUGUUGCUACUGGUCCUCAUGAGGCUUCUAUCAUGUUUAUGACUACCAAGUUCCGGUGGAUAGCAAGCCGUAUCAUUGAGGCUACAGACAAGGAAUGGACCAAUGACUUCAGGACUCUCCUAGCUGCUCUCAGGGGGAAUAUAUUGAAGUUUAUGAUUGAAUUUGGAGAUUUCAACGGCCAGACCAAUGAGUUUGAUUUGGUUCUUCGCAAAUUAUUCUGGUAG